CAUCUUUUGCAAGUAUGCCUGCCGAAGGAAACACGAAAGUUCCUCGAGGUUUCGUGCAUAAACAGAUUGCAGAAUUCAGUUCAGCCCUGCAUGUCUCAGAAGUAACUUGGAGUCUCUCGUAAAGUUUAUCACGAUCGUACAAAAAUUUCGCUUCUGGAUAGUACGUAUUUUCUUGAUAUUAUUACAAUUGUUUUACAGCAGUUCGCCAUAUAACUCGAAAGCAUUUUUUUUUGUCAAAGUCUCGAGAUGCCCAUGGACUAUAAAAUGCGGCCAUCUUUUUGGGAUUAUUUUUGGGCAGCAAAAUUGAUUCUUCAAGUCGCAGGCAUUCUUCCCAUCGGCGAACCCUCAUCUUUGUGGAAAACAAUUCUCUCCGAAGUUCUUGUAGCCUCUCCACUGAUGUAUGGCUCAUAUGUACUGAUACAACCACUGAAUUACAUUCUCUUUAAGAGUGACAACAUGGACGAAUUGCUCGAAGCCGUGAUAGUCGUGAUCACCGUUUCAGGCGGACAAUUGAGAUCAAUUCUCAUAUCCAUUCAUCGCCGCAAGAUCAUCCGACUGUUUACCAUUGCCAAAAAGUUGUGGGACGAGUCUGUUGCGGAAUACGACGAAUUAAUUUUGACCUGGGCUGAACGGGCGAGAUUUUUCUGCACUAUUUACUUCUGGGCUACACAGGUUUCGUCGACCCUGUUCAUCUUGACUUCGGUAGUGAAACAGCUAUCGUUAGCCCCGAAUUCAACGAUCAGCCACUACCCCUUCGGAUUUGAAGAAAGUGUCACGCCAAGCCCGCAGUACGAGAUCAAAUACGCACUUCAGAUCAUCAGCGGAUACCUUGGAAUGAUGUUCGUAGCUGCUUCAGACAUGGCUGUGACUCUUUUGGUUCUAAAUCUCUGCGGUCAACUUGCGCUCAUCCAGAGCUGGCUUCUGGACAUUUCGAAGAAGGAAUUAAUUGAGCCGAGACGAAGAACCGACGGCAGUGUUGAGAUAGAGUUGAGAAAAUGCAUUCACCGUCAUCAGGUCGUAAUGAAUUUCUGCGCCGAGUUAGAAGAAAUAGUCAAUUGCAUAAACCUGGUGCAAAUCGUUGGCGGGAUGUAUACAAUGGCAAUAUCAGGCGCAAGAUUGGCGAAGAAUCUGAGAUCGUACCGGUUCUCAGGACCACUUAUAGUUUCAAUCAUUGGACUUUACUUCUCAUGUUGGCCAGCGGAUAAUCUUUCUUUCGAAAGCGCCAAGGUGGCACACGCAGUUUAUGGAGUUCCAUGGUACAGCUUUUCACCUAUUGAGAAAUCCCUUGUUGCGAUAAUGCUGGUGCGAUCUCAACGUUCCGUUAAACUCACCGCUGGAAAAUUCGUCGCAUUGUCAUUGGAGACUUUUUCCUCUAUUUUAUCCAGCGGUAUAUCCUGCUGCAUGAUUUUGCUUAGCUUCUAAAUCUGGUACGGUAUGCUGCAAUGAAACGUCACAUCGUGGAUAUCGAUUCAGUAUUGCAACGAGUAACUCGCGCGUAUCAUAAGUAAAAUGACGAGCAAUUGUAAUGCAGCACCUUAAGUUAUCACAGAUGUAAAUCCAACUUCCAACUCGAAGUUUGUGCACGGUUACGAUGGUAAUUAAAAUUUGGAAGUUCAAAAUUGACCGAGUAUGAAAGUGUAGUUUGAAAUGGAGCAAUUCAUUACCGCUAAGCUCAUAAUAUUAUUGCGAUUGAUUUAUUAUAUACGGAAAUAAACGAUUAAAAAAUUUUUAAGGGACCAGUCACUUUUCCAUAAUUUAUGCUAAUAACGAGUAACGUUUAUUGCGCUAUGUUAUUAGAGCUAUGCUUAUUUUGGAUCUGGCUUUCUCAAUCAACAUUUUCAACCGUCUGAUAAGUAGACGAAAAGAAAAUUCAACGAUACUAAUAAAGUUGAUUCCUUUUCUAUGUUUGACAACUGUGUGGCUUUAUCGUGCAUAGAUUUUGUCGAAUCAUUGCACAACGGCGAUCGAUGGUCGUAAUAAGAGUAUUUAGAUCGGUAGUGAAGGCGUAAUGACCGAUCGAAGAUAAAGAUGCGUCAAGUUGGUGACAGAAAGUAUCAAAUAGCACACUGUAACUCCUCUAAAAAUUACAAUGUGGACAUAUUUUAGCCUUGCAA